AUGUUGAAUAGGAGGUCUUGGAGUGUUUCCGCACUCGUUUUGGUUGCCAUCAGCCUGUUCCUUACUCUCUUAACUGGGCGCAUCUACCUAUCACACAACAUCUCGAGCUGGCCUAGACCGCACGUUGUUGAAUCACCUACGCGGCUUGAAGUCAGUGCGGUGACCGCUGCGAAGUUUCCUUUGGAGUACUACCCAAAUAAUGAAGCCGAGGAUGUCUGCUCUCGUUAUUCCCCCACAUACUUGGAUGAUUUCCGAGCGCUCACCGCCUCUUACUGCGAGCCAGCGUCACCGGCAAAGUUGACCUGUUUCCACCGCUCUUCGGGAUUCAAUAAGGUCACGGACUCUUUCUGUUUUGCUCAGGGAGCUGUCUUGGAUACGAGCAGGGGCAGAUUCCAACUGGACUGUGCAUUGCGACAACUAUCGCAGGAAGAGCAGGACGAUGGUAUACUGCCCUUCGAUCGCCUGCCGGCCUACUGGUACGAGACAGGCCCGGCCAACGUCUUUUCACUUGCUGUAGAUGUGAACAGACGAACGUCCCCGCCGCUCGUUGAUAGCGAAGCUGCAGCGAAGGUUGACAAAGCAACCACUCGAGAAAGCACGCCCGCUCCCGGUCUCGACACAACACCGCCAGUUACGAGCCAGACGCCGUUGCCUUCUCCUAAGAAGUUGCUUCUUCUCAAGCGCGAGGGAGAAGGUAACCCUUGGCAUUGCCUCAUGGAGAUAUUCUCCACGUACAUGACGUUCGACAUCUUGCGCAUGUCCGGAGACAGUGCCGAAGGACAUCCUCUUUUCCAGGACCCGGAAGAUUCCUAUGAUACGCAGGUCGUUAUUCUGGACAGUCGCGAAGAUGGCCCGUACUUCGACCUAUGGACUUUAUUUUCGCGACGGAAGCCCUUGCGCAUUCAUCAGCUGCUGGGUGACCGGUCUAUGGCCAAUAGCCUCAAGGAUGUCGAUCUGAUUGUCCCCCUUGCCGGAAGCAGCAAUCCAUUCUGGAAAGACGAUGAGAGAGCCGAGCAAUGCACGCAGGCGCCGAUUCUCGACGUCUUCAGUCGCCGCGUGCUCGAGUUCUACGGUGUAGAGGAGCCUCUGGUGCGACAGAGUAACAAGCCCAUCGUCGUCACGUUUGUCAACCGUCGAGAGAGUCGGCGGCUACACAAAGAACGUUACCUGCUCGCUGAGCUCCAAAGGAGAGACCCACAUAUCGACGUACGAAUGGUCGACUUCGCGGCUCUCCCGUUCUCUGAGCAGGUACGAGUCGCACGUGAGACUGAUGUCCUCGUGGGAGUGCAUGGCGCUGGCCUGACUCACUCCAUGUUUCUGCGCCCUGGCGCAGCUGCCGUGGUGGAGAUCCAGCCGAACGAGAUGGACCACAAAGGCUUCCGGAAUAUCGCUGGCAUGCGCGGCCUUGGAUACUUCCGUGUUCAUUCAAACACAAUAUCCCCUGAGGAUUGGAGGGAAGGAGAAGAAGAGAUACGGAAUUCGCGGGACGAGACUGGGGGUCAUGCCACGGAGCCAAGCAACGAGAGCAGCCCAUUGCAGGGUAGGAAGAGCACGAAGUACCAUCAAAGGAGGGCUGUGGCCAAUCAUCAAGAUGACGACGAAGCCGACGAGAUCGCGGUGGGUAGAGGGUUACGGCGACGAGAUGGUUGGCAUCUGGCAGAUGUGGAAAUAGAAGAGGACCGAUUCUUCGAAGUCGUCGAGGCGGCUACCAAAUACAUGUAUAAUAAGGGACCCUGGGGGUUCGAUGUAAACUAG